CGACCGGAAGUGUGGACGAGCUAUCACAGCGGGCUGUUUGAAUCUUGUUUUCGACCUUUCUGGUGCAGUCAUGGAAGAACUGUUGGUCUGCAGUCAGUCAGCCUAUCAGAGCGAGAUGCAUGCGACUGGAGGGGCGUGGCAUCAUGACGGGGGCGUGGUCAAUCAGUAUGGCUCAUUCUCUGAGGAGCUGCUGAUGAUAGCAGGAGAGGAGCUGAGCUACGAGGAGCUGCGAGCAGAAAGAUACAGCCAGCAGAAGCAGCAUGAGAUGGAGGAAAAGAUGAGACGUCUGAAGGACGAGGAGGAGCGGCUGGGUCAGGAGCUGGAGGAGAAGAAGAGGCUCUUAAAGCUCCGAGCGAGUCAGAAGGUCCUGAACUCAGGUGAACCUGCCGCUGCUGCCUCCUUCCAAGUAUACAACGAGUCUGCUCCUGCAAGGCCUGCUGGGAGCUCAGAGGCGUCUUCAGACGAGCUGCAGGACGACGUCUUCCUGCAUCCUGAGGACCGAGGUGUCAGCGUAAAGGUCCGGUUUCCUCCACAGACAGGUGGUCCAGGUGUUCCCUCUGGACUCUGUCAGACUUCAGACCGGAUCCAGUCUGGACUCGGGGACACCAACACGGAGUCUGAUCCGUUGAACCAGACCUGCGCAGGUGAGCAGGGAGGAACCACAGAAGACCUCCAGACUCAGCCGGGAUGCCAGAAGACCGUCUCCAAAAGCGGGAAGGUUCUGAGUCCCAUCGAGGAGGCCAGCAGCGAGGCCGGAUCCCUGACCUCGCUGGGAGGACUGGCGACUGAAAGCUCCAGUCCACUGAACCAGCAGCAGCUGGACCAGAGCCGGGAGGAGAUGGACCACACUGCUUCACCUCCUGUGGAUCCCUGCAGCCCAGAUGUUCGCAGGCGACUGCUGGAACGCUGUGACAUCACUUCCUGUCCAGACUUGUUCUCAGAGCCCCGCCCCCUCCCUGAUGUUGCGGAGAACAGUGUUCUGGACUUGGGGGGCAGCACGUUCUCCAUCCACUCCAGAUGUUUGGACAGAAGCAGUUUCUCCAUCUUUAGAGGAGAAACCGAAAGCGAGCACGUUCUCCUCAAGGUGGACAGCUGUUCCGUUCCCUGGGAUUUUUAUCAGUUCCAUCGUUUGAAGAAGAGCUCAGCAGCUGCUGACAAACUCCCUCACGUCAGCUGUUUCCUGUUCCUGGACGGCUGCGUCACCGUUUAUACCUCGCCGCCGGAUCACAUGCUCACUGAGCUGACAGGAUGUAACUCCGAGGCGUCAGUUUGUCGUAGAGUCCUGGCGCUGCUGCACUUGGUGCUGCAGCUUCACUCCUGCGGGCUGCUGCAUGCGGCGCUGCAGCCCAGCACUCUCACCUCCUGCCACAGGUAG